CGCUCACACUCUGUACCAUAUUUGACAUCCAAGACAUGCAGGCCUAUCAUUCUCGUCACGGUAUGAACACGUACCGUUCGCCAAAGCAGCAAAUUCUAGGAAACCAAGCCACGAAGCCCCCUCCGGCGUGGCGUAGCGAUGCGAGAACGGCAUCCGGCUCACAUUCCGAAGGCGGAAGCAAAAUCCUUCUCAGCAGGCUCCCUGCUGAUGUCGAGGAGAACGAGGUCGAGAUAUUGUUCUCAAAGACGGUCGGCCCCGUCAGAGAAGUUCUCAUGGUGUACAACUCGCAAGGAAGAUCCAGAGGAAUGGCCGUUGUUGCGUUCGCACGGCCCACAGACGCAGCUGUGGCGCGCGCGAAGUACAAUGGGAAGAUCGUGGACGGCAGGAGACCUAUCAAGAUUGAGAUCGUCACAGACGACGAUCAGCCCCGCAACGCUGCACCUGCACCCGCGAUCGCCCAGCCCAGCCUCCUCGCUCGCCUUGGCCCAGUCCCACCGACGACUGCAAACGUACUCCAAGUGAACGGCAAGAAGGCUAAUGCACAACCCGCGGCAGUGCCAGCUUCACGACCAGCCGCGGUGCCAGCCGCCCAACCCAAGGCCCGCACACGAACAAAGCAGGGCGCGCGGAGGCUGAAAAAGCAGCGCAGGCCAAAGCCGAUGACCGCUGCCGAGCUCGACGCGCAGAUAGAGGAGUAUCUCGCGAACAGGGCCCCCAUUAAGGUCUCGGACAGCAUGGUUUGA